AUGCAUGUAGCCACCAGAACAGCAAGGAGACUGUGUCGCAAGUUCCCCGGCUGGUUUCGAGUUCUGCUCCUUCUCAUUACGUUGUUAGCUCUUGGUUUCUCAGUGAGCAGCUACUGGCAUAGCAAGGGUGGAGCAGGAAAGAGACACACAGGCGAGGGAGACAAGAAAUUUGCAGAGAGGGAGCUUCGAGCUAAGACGACGGUGCCAGAACUUAGAGAACUGAGGGACGAGGUUCAUGGGAUUUCAAAGGAACGUGAAUAUACAUUGGCCAAGGAAGCUGAAGCAAAAUUAGACAUUGCCAAGGGGAAGCCUGAAGAACCUCAGACAUUCAAAAGCCUCCUGGCGGCCGAAAAAUGUCCUGCAUGUUUUGGAGACUCGCUCUGUGAGCAGGCAGAUGCAGGUGUCAUCACAGUGGACGUUGCCAACAAAGAACUAGAGCACAAAGGGGUCUACUUCGGACGUUUUAAAGAUACAGAUAUCGUCGCCAAACGACUGGCAGGCACGUCUGCAUGGGCGCAGUUGGACCAGUUCAUAUGCCAGAGCGCUAGCUUGCCCAACGGUUGCGAUGUGUCUAAAGUGAUCUCUACAACAGUACUAGUGACAGAUGAUGCUCUACAACUAUCAUGGCUACGAGAAGCCUGGCGCAUCGCCCACACCGAUCGCCAGAUAGCACUGGAGACUUGCAUAACUGCUAAGCUACUUGAGGAGCUUAAGAAAGUGUACGACCAGAAUCUAGAUGGGCAGUUGAGUAAGACCGAACGAGCUUAUAUGAUCACAUCUCUACUGAUGAACCCAGAGGCUGCGGUACUGAACUAUUUGACGACCAGGUCUGAGAGAAACUGGCCCUUCCCUCAGUACCUGGGGGCCUGUGGACGAGUUAUCUUUGUAGAAAACGGUGGGAAACUCCUUGAUGCCAGUCUCGAGUCUCCGUGGAAAGUAAGGGCAAACCUAGCCCUGCAGCUCUUGGACAUGAUCGAAGCAUUCCGAAACGGCGACCCCGAUUGGAUCGUGAUGUUCCUCGAUUUCCGCUUUGAGAACUUUGCCGUGGACAGAAACGGGCGGUUGAAUCUGAUCGACUUUGAUGAAGUCGUUCUGGUCGACAGAAAGGAAAGCAGCGGCGUUGAUGAGAAGAAAGAACCGUUCAACUUUGAGGAUUUUAAAGAAUUUCUUUCUGUAAUAGAAAAAGGCGGUCUUUGUUUGCAUGUGUCUCGGUACUCUGAUGUGAUGUAUGCUUUAGCCUGUGUUCGCUUGUUGUCUUACCUGCCUGAACACCGGACAAAACUUAACCCGAACAAACUAGUGCAUAACAAACAGCGUCCGCUAGAGGGCGCAGUCAGACCACCUGGGCUACUAUGGGGGCCACCGGAACAUGAAGCAAAGGCGUUAGAACCGUUACUGAGAGGCUGUGUGUUGGAAAAUGUAGCAGGAGGUCGGCUGAACGCAGUUGAGGGACUGAAGGCAAUUCUACGGCGGAAUGUAAAAGGAUAG